AUGGACAUCCGCCCCAUCAUGUUCUCAGGGACGCUGAAAGUCCGAGUGUGUCACGUCUUUUGGAAAAAGACACCCGUGCACUUGACAAGCUAUCGUCAAGACUAUCGCUCCGCGCUGCCAGUGCUGCUGAUCCGACGACCGCGAGCUCUAGGCGGCGAGUUUCACGUCCAUCUCGACCCGUGUGUUCACCCUGUGCAUCUCCUGCCUCUGACCAGAAAAAUGGCGUCCAAGCUCGAAUUCGCACUCGUGUACGGAUGGCAGAGCAAACUCGUGCGUCUACGAGCCCCUGAUGUUGCAACGUUUCACCAAUGGACAAGUCUUGUACGAACAGCACUAGAGUCUGGACGGCGACCUCUGGUCCCUCGUGUACCUCACGUACCUCGUCAAGAUCUCGAGUGUUCGAGUCUCGCGUCCACUCUGAACAGUAGCAACAACAGCUCUUCCAAUAGCAGCACAAUAGUCGCUCAUCAACCGCUACAAGCCGAAGAAGAAGUGGCCAGCGAAACAAAAGAAGCUCGUACGUACAAGUAUCGCAACAAUGACGACGUCGUCUCCAACUGGAAAGACCGCAACGAGUCGUUUGGGAUACAGGACACGAUGGUCUGUCACUGCGACUCGAGAGUCUGUGUAAAAAACGACUUGAACCCCAUCUCUAUUGCCGACCUAUGCAGUGCAGCCACUGGAAGCUACAGCUGCAAUCGACGCGAACGAGAUGGCUACGUAAACAGACUGAACGAUUUCGUGUGGUCGUCGCGUCGUGCGAGCGCUUUGUUCGCGGAACCUUCCACGGAAAUUUCCUGGAUGCAUCCACAUGACUUCCGGACUUUCAGCUUGUCGCAUUUAGCAGCUGUAUCGAUUUCGACAGGGGAUCGAUGA